UUUCGCUUCAUCUGAAGUCGUGAUACGAUGCCAGGGUGAAAUCUCGACUGUCAGUGGUAUGAUUUAUAUCUAAAAUAAACAGGUGAGCUCCUUUUAAUGUGUAUCUGAGAGUGCACACAGAGCCUGCUGUGAGGGCUAAGAUGCCGAUCCCUCCCCCUCCUCCUCCACCACCUGGAGGACCACCUCCUCCGACCUUCAGUCAGGCCAACACGACCCCACCUAAGCUGAACAAAGAUGAGACCAAGGGACGUAAUGCUCUUUUGACCGACAUUUGCAAAGGAACUAACCUGAAGAAGGUUGCUGUUGUCAAUGAUCGGAGUGCACCCGUCAUCGAGAAGCCCAAAGGAGGCGGUGGGGGCGGAAGCAGUGCCAGUCCAGGGGGUGUGUCAGGUGCCAUGCAGCCCGUGGGCGGGCUCUUCCAAGGAGGCGUGCCAAAGCUGCGGCCAGUCGGAGAUGGUUCUGUCGGUCGGUCAGCACUGCAGCCUGGCUCUCGUCCCAUGGCACCCCGCCCUCCCGGUCGCCACGACGACAGCGACAGUCCCUCGCAGCAGCAUUCUCCGGGCUCUUCGUCGCCUCCCGAGCAGUCUCGGUCCCAGCGGCCCUCGCUGCCUGACCUGUCCCGCCCGGUCAGCAGUGGUAGCCCCUCGUCCUCCUCCACCGGGAUGAAGCACAGCUGUUCGGCCCCACCGCCACCCCCGCCCAUGUCUCGCCGCGGCAACGCCCCGCCCCCACCCAAGGCAGCCACUCCCACCUCUUCCUCCUCCUCGUCUCCUUCCUCCUACAACCGCGAGAAGCCCCUGCCCCCGACACCAGGCCAGCGGGGCUCCUCGCCCGCCCCUGGCCGUGAAAAUGCCCCCCCGCCGCCACCCGUGAAGCCUCCGCCCUCCCCGGUCAACAACCGCCGACCUCCUACGGGGGGCUCUUCAUCCUCCACCUCUUCCUCCUCCUCCUCUUCCUCGCUGGCGCCCCCGCCUCCCCCGUACCGCCAGGGUGUGGUCAACGGGCCUUCGAGCCCGGGCAGCGAGGCGGCCCCCGAGCUGCCUCAGAGGCACAACUCGCUCAGCAAGAAGCCGUCCUCUGCCGGGCACACCCCUACGCGUGCCCACGCACCCCCGCCACCCCCCUCGCCCUCUCCGCCAGGAGGUCGGCCCCCACCUCCCGUACGAGACGCUCCGGGCCGAGGAGCAGCUCCUCCCGUGCCUGGGCAGCCGUCGCGGAAUGGCCGAGAAGCCCCUCCCCCGCCGCCCCCGUACCGGACCCACGGCGGCACCUCCGAAGCUCCCGGUCGAGGCAAGCCACCCCCUCCCCCCUCCCGCACCCCUGCGGGGCCCCCGCCCCCUCCCCCGCCCAUCCGAAAUGGACACACCUCCACCCCCCGCUCCUUCGUAGAUGACUUUGAAUCUAAGUAUUCCUUCCACCCUCUGGAUGACUUUCCCCCUCCAGAUGAGUACAGGCACUUCACCAAGAUUUACCCCAGCAAAGCCAACAGAGUGAUGAGAGGAGCGCCGCCUCUUCCUCCUGUGGGGAGGUGAACACUGUGAACCGACACCUGCUGACCAGGAGACAACAGUCUCUCACUUUCUCUCACACACACACACACACACACACACACACACACACACACACAUACACACACACACACACACACACACACACACACACACACAUAUAUAUAUAUAUCUACACAGUCAUAGUGAUAACUAAUCUGCAAAACACACACUCACACAUUGCUCACUCAUGGCUGUGUCUUAUUAACAUACGUGUCCUAACCAGACAGCAUUCCACCUCAUGCAAACACUUCAACUCCCAGAAUGCACUCUGGUCUCCAUCCCCUUUAAUCACAUCAGCCCACUUGAGAACCAGCCAGGGCUGAGGACCUCCGCAGGGAGACACAAAGAUAUCACAGACGGAAAAGAUGCACAACUCCAUCUGUUCAUGUGAUUUUGGUGGUGUAGAGAGAUAUGUUUUUGAAGAGGGAGAGAUGAAGGCCAACGAUUCCUUUGUUUUACUUACUUUUAUGUUGUUUGCCCUAUUUGACAUGGCAGUCUUACCUGAUGCUGGGGCAUCCUUAAAAAGAGAUGUUUACCAAGUUACACUAAUCCUAGCCUAAGUUGCAGGCUUUAUUUGUGUGGUAGCUACCAGUCCUAGCCUUUGGAAGGCUUACAGUGGUAGAAGCACCAUUCCAAGCCAUGGAUUAUAGUUUUGUCUCUAUUUGUUUAAGUUGUUGUGAUGUUUAGUGAAAGAUUUUGAAGAUUAUGCACUGUGAACGUGUCAGUCAUCAGGGAAACUGAAGAACUGAAAGACUUUCCUACUGAGAGGCUGACAGAGACUUGUAAAACUGCUGCCACCUGGUGGCAGCGUAUUGGAAGGACAGGGGAGAGGAGAACCCCCUGGUGGACAGAGAGGGCAUUACCAUUCCAUUAAUGCUUGAAGAAUGCUUGGUCAAAUUGGCCUGAACCUCUCAAAAACACUCUAACCUCUUCUUGUAGAUCAGCAAGAGGGGGGCACUUUUUGAGAACAUGUUCUCUGAGAAGACUAAGAAAAUAAAAAGUGCCAACGGAAGCAAAAUCCCAACUGGAACAGGUUGUUUACCCAGCCACUCAUGCAAUGCCAGACCACACCUUUACCCAAGGACUCUGCAUGCAUGACUGUACAAAUUGAAGCGCAUUCAAGCGAAAAGGUCAAGGGCUGACUGUGUAGUGGUAUGGUAAACAGACCAGACCAGAAAGUGGGCAAGAGAGUUUGGGAUGCACAACAGAAAAGGCACUGGUCCCUCAACCGCUGUUUGUUUCUUUUGUUUUAUUUGCCCAAAACAGAUACCAGUCAAUCGACAUGUUACUCCAAAUCAUCAGCAUGUGCUUCCAAGCGCCAUUUUGUACAUGAACGAUGAGUCUUUUAAAAAAAAAAAUCCAUAUUCACAGAAUCAGGCAGGUUUGCAUGAUCCCAAUUGUGCCAGAUAGACCAAGAUAGCGCGCGCGUCUUGGAUCACCUGUUCAACAUGCUUUGUGUACGCAGAGAGAACUCUAGUGUUUCAAUUGCUACUACUCUUACUGGCACUGCCAGUCUAUGACUACACAUACUGUAAAUGCAUGGCUUGGCGCUCGGCCAAAAGGCAGUACAAGUCCAAGUGAAUUACUGUAUCGGUGUAUAAAUGGAAAGAGCCCAUGCUGAGCAGGUGGCUGUUUUACCUGAGAGCAUGGGGAAGGGGAGUCGUUGCUGCUGCUUAUGUGCACUGGUGUGCUAAAGAGGGGCAAAGCAUUAACCUGUAAUCUUCUGACCAUUGUUGAAACUGCAGGCCGACACAGUGGUUUGGAUUUGAACAGAAAAUUCCUUCAGAGUAUUUCUUUUCUUUUUUUUCUUUUUUUUUUGUUGUCUUAGCAGGCUGCAUGUCGUUCCUUUAACUGUCCGAAAUUCUUGGGACCAUGAAUCGUGAAAGUCUGUUAUUUUUCUCCCAGCACUGAGAAUCUUGCCUUUAAUAUUGGCAGCAUGGAGAUGUUUAAUGAUUCUAUAUGCUUUAAACUUUAAACAGUUAAAGGUGCUCUAAGCGAUGUUACACUGAUUCCAAGCUAAAAUAUAUAUCUUUUUGUUACAUACAGCAAACAUCACCUCACCAUCCGCUAGCUGCCUGUGCCCUUUACAAUGUAAAAAAAUGUUGUCAGGCCAGGCUCCAAAAACGGCAACAGAAACGUCUUGGUCCAGCCUGGACCAUAAAAUCAUCAACUUUUUAAGCCAAUCACUGAUGCACGUUUAGGAGAAUUUCAAUUGCACUACAGAGAGGGGGAGGAAGUAGCAAGCUAUCUCUCUAUUUUGUUUGAACGUCAACAGACGUGAAUGUUACCAACAUCGCUUAGAGCACCUUUAAAUUAGGUUAGAUGAACUUGUUUGGAAUAAGCUGUUACCAUGCUGUUUGUUUAACCAGUUACUGGCAAGGAUGAGUUAUCCAAACAGGUUUUCUUUCCUCCUCUGUGUUUUCACCUCUUUAACACACUAUUUUCAGUUGCAUUAAUUUCUUGGUUUACAUAAACACUGAUUCAGGCAAGAAGUCCUUUGGGAGAAAAGGAAGUUAAGAUUGCAUCAGUGUUAUUAUUGGGAAAUAAUCCCUUUGUCCCCCAACCUGUAAGUCAGCAACCCAGCACGUAUAGGAUUAGGUGUACUUUUAGGAGGAGGAGGACGAAGCAAGAUGGUGAACCAUUCCAUAAGGCUUGUUCCUAUACCUGUGGUUCCUGGCCUGUGAUCAAGUGUGCGUUUGCCCUGUAAUCUGUACACCAUGACCAUUAACCCCUUGUCCACCACCAUCCUCCCCCCAAAACCCCUACCAAGAAAACAGAAAAAACUAAAAAAAAAUCAAUCCAAAAAUGCUUACAGCUUUGCAUCCUGCAUCACUCCCUCCCACCUCCUUGUUUCUGGUGGUAUGCCUUAUUAUACAGAUCUACUGUAACUUGUCGGUACGUGAUUUGUAAGAAAAUAACACUAAUCAUACGAAACAAAAAAAGUAUAUUUACACUAGGCCUACCUGUAAGGCAAUAUGGUAGUAAUAGCUAUUGAUCUAUUUUGAAGUUGUAAAAAGCUUGUAAUAUAGUGACUAAAUGGAUUUUUUCGGGGGUUGGGAGGGUGGGGCAGAAUCGAUGGGAAAGAUGCUGGCUUUGUAGCAAGCCGGCUGCUAAUCGUUAGCUAGUUGCACUCUCUUUUAUUCCUUUUCUGUCUGUCUUAAAUCUCGCCUGCUUUUCGCUGUCCUCUUCCUCCAUGCUGCCCCCAUCCAGUCCUGACUCCUGGGGGGGGCAGUGGGGGAGCUGUAACUGUAGAUAUCUGCGGGAGCAUUAACUUACUCACAUUGAGAGAGCCUCCAUUCCUUCUCACCCUGUCCUCCCCAUUUCACUCUAUUCCAGGCUUUUAAAAAAACACUAAUGAAAGCCCUCGUUUUCUGUCGUUUGUCGCACUUCUCUCUGCCAGUCGUGUUGUACAAGGCAAAAAAUAAAAACCUUAGAGAAAAGG